AUGGACUACUGGAAUAUCUCGUUUCUUGUGUCCAACGUUUCUGCGUUUAAUGCUGCAUACUUUUACCUAUUACUGCCACUUACCGCCUUUCAAUGCCCUAAACGGGUUUAGUUUCUUGUCGGACUGUAAUUCAUUGGGUAAGUAAGUGCUGGUGGACACCCUCGCUGUUGAUUUAAGGACUGGGACAUCGUAUCUACGUCAAUAUUUUGGAUAUUAGAUGAGCGAAAAGUUAUGGACCUAUCAUUUUGGACAGUAAUAUUGUCAGAGGCGUGUUCUCCACCUGCGUGAAAGAAAGUACGACACAGCCUAAACACUUUUGUCCGCGGAAAGACAGAUUUUUUGUACCGGGUGGAUAUUCGUUUUUGUAACGGGAGUAAAAAUACAACUCCAAAUGCUUGAAUGAAAUGCUCAUGCUGCGGUUGAUGGAGGAACAUUUCUAAGAAAUUCCCCGCAGUGGACCUGGCGCCCCGUUUCAGAGGAACAUGGGAGUCCAGACAAGGGGAGCCUGGGUGGCUAUGGCGUUCUCGGACUGGGUCAGUGGAUUUGGAUUUCUCCUUAUCUUCCUGAUGGAAAGUUUAGCAGUGGAUGCGACGAACAUGGAGCCAGUCUACUGGAACACUUUGAACAGAAGGUUUGGAGAUGAGAGGGGCUACAUACUCUACCCUCAAAUAGGGGAUCGUUUGGACCUUGUAUGUCCUGCCACGAGUCCAUCUGGGCCAAACUCUCCCCCUGAGUACGAGUAUUAUAAACUCUACCUGGUGUCCUCACGAGAGCAGGCCGACAGGUGUGAGGUGAUGGGCGCCCCAAACCUGUUGCUCACCUGCGACAAACCCAACAGCGAUAUGAGGUUUACCAUCAAGUUCCAGGAGUAUUCGCCCAACCUGUGGGGUCAUGAAUUCAAGAACUUACGAGACUAUUACAUCAUAGCUACCUCUGAUGGUACAAAAGAAGGAAUCGACAGCAUGAGAGGAGGCGUCUGUGUGACGCGAGGGAUGAAGCUGGUUCUCAAAGUGGGACAGACUGCAUAUGGCCUUCCCCCAAAGCUCAAACCUGAUCCAGGCCGACCCAGCAACAGAAUCCCAGAUACAGAAAGUGGCUCUAAAGCGGGUGAUGGGAGUGAGUCCGGUGAGAGGGGAGACAGCGGGGCUGUGUCUGUCUCUAACAUUGCCUUAAUCACCGCCGGUGCCGGGGGAGCCUUCAUCCUCCUGAUCGCCGUAGUGACCGCUAUUGUGUUUUACCGCCGACGGAAAGCCAAGCACUCCGAAUCUCACCACCCAGCCCUUACGCUCUCUUCUCUUACCCCAAAGAGAGGCAGCUCCUGCGGGGCAGCUACAGGAGUCAGUGGGGGCAACAAUAAUGGCUCAGAGCCCAGUGAUAUCAUCAUUCCCCUGCGGACCUCUGACUCGGCAUACUGCCCCCAUUACGAAAAAGUCAGUGGUGAUUACGGACACCCCGUCUACAUCGUUCAAGAGAUGCCCCCUCAGAGUCCAGCCAAUAUUUACUACAAAGUAUGAGAUCAGCGGACACGCAGACAGCCCAUCCUGAAUUUAUGGUACCUCACAUACAUGUGCUGUGUCCAAGUGACUCCAUAUCUAAGAGCCUAUUCGCAGUACUAGAACUUGGACCUGAAGUUGAGUUCUAAAAAAAAGUGGUAAAUCCCGAUUUUAUGUCAUAGCAGCGUGUUUGCGUUUAUUUACACGUGUGUGUCUCUGUGCACGGAUAACGGAUUUCACAUGUACUCAGGUGCAGGUGAAUUUACAUCAUCCGCUUGUUGAAGAUGAGUUUCAACAUCCGUUCUGAUGGUUGAAACGGAGUUAUUGUGCUUAUCCUCAAAACCAAACAGUAGAGAGUGAUUCAUACAAAGAAUAACUUUAUAAAUAAUAUAAGUACCUCUUACAUUUUUACACUGGGGGGAAAUUCACUAAGAAAGUGCACUGGCUGAUUGUGUUUGUUUAUUUGCACAUGCAUUGUUUUAGUGGUCCAUUCACUAAAGGAUAUCCGGUAUCAAAAGAUCUAAACACCGCCUCCACGCCACAAUUCCCCACCUCGCUAAAUUGCAGAUUAGCACAAUCUGGCAUACUUUACUGGGACUGUACCGUAUCGCUAAGAUCCAGACAGCUGACUGAUUCUUUAAAAUGCCAAAAACAGUUUAGACUCCAUUGUGCGUCUAGAUAGGUUUCCAUUUAAAUGUUUUUUCAUCAUUUGAUGAAUUAACGUGUCAUUAUCACUAGAAACUUUACACAGACUUCAUUUUUUAAAUAUUUGCACAUUGCUAAUUGCUGGGGGGGGGGGGGGGUUUUGGACAAUUUGGGGUACCAGGUAAAACAGAUGGUGAAGACACCAAAUUCAAUGUUCCUUGCAUUUUGGAACAAUCACAAUUUUUUGGUGUAGUUGGCAGAAUCACGCAGUUUUGGCUUAGUUGGAUCUGUUGUUUUGCGCAUUAUAAAAUAAGGCUAAUUUGCAUGGAAAGGAGGCAUGUUUGCGCUGAAACUGAAAAAAAUGCUUUAAGAAUUCACUGCAAUUUUUGUUUAUUCUAUUCCAUUGCAUUCAUCUGGAUUGUGGCUAGUGAAUAAGAUGCAGAGUGUACUUGGUGCAAAAGUAAUGCAACUGUUUAGUGAAUCCGCCCCUCUUUAUUUAGUUUUUCUCAGUUCAUCUGAUUGUAAAUGUUUGUCUUUUCUGAACUCGGACCUCCAUCUGAUUUAUUUAUUGAGAAUCAAAGAAACAGUUUUUCAUUCUUUCCACUUCAUCAGCUUCCUAUCGCAACUCCUUAGCGCCCAGUUGUUUGUUGUUGAGUUUUUUUAAACAUUUUUAUGUGAGCAGCAGAAAUCGCAUGUGGAGGAGGUGUAGACAGAUGUUCGACUAUUUCAGAUGGAGACUGUUCAGAGGUUUCCAAGAGGUUGGAGGUCAAAGUUAAGCGGUCAGAGAAAAACCCCUCAGUGCUGCGUGGGAGUCCUUCACUCAAGAUGAUCUGAGGGGUACUCGCUCUCUGCCCUUCCUUCUGAAGAAUUGUGUACUUCAUGAUAAACUGCUCACUUACCCUAGACACACAAUACCAAACUUCUGUACACUUAAUACGCACAUCCACAUCACUGCAGUUUGUGUUUUCAUGUGUUAACCCCUGCAGAUGGACUUCAGCUGUGUGUUUGAAUGUGUUUCAAAGAGUUGUGGUUCAAGAUGAAGACUAAGAGAGCUAAUGCAACUGUGCAUCUAAAUUAACUCAGUCACAAACUCUCCACGGCCUCUUGAGUGUUACACAUAUCCAUUGCUUGGUUACAAUCUCGUCUCGACUCUAAUUAUCACGUUUCGGGUGAUGUCUCCAAACCAUCUCUGACAUUAUCUUCCCUGUGCCAGCUUGAGGCUUCAGGUCCACAGUUCAGAGUUAUUUCACUGGAUGAGACAUGACAUCAUCACGAGAGACAGUACCUUACCAGCCGGAGAGACCCAAGCUUUCUGGAUCAGACUUCUCUCUUCAAGUCACUGUUGAUUUAAGGAUUUCUUGCCGUCAUUACCAUAAACGAGUAACUACCAGAAAUGGCACCUUUAUAAUUUUGUUAUGGGAUUUUUUAAAUGUUUUUAUUCCUCCUGUUUUAUUGCUUUCAACAGUGUUAAUUUGUUUGUAGAUUGAGCAAAUGAGAAUAUUUUUAAUGAAGGAAAAACAAACAGUUUUAUCCAACCUGCCCUGCUUGUGUCUGUGGUAAUCCUCGAUGGUAACAAGCAUUGGGAACUGUAAGAAAUUUAACAGUUGUGGUUCUGAUUCCCUUUAACUGUCCCAUUGACUAUUCCUUUAGUACAUCUGAAGAAAGACAUUUGCAUUUUUUGCAUUUUCUGUCCUUAACAGUCUGUUGCCAAAUUAUGGACUUUUCACAGAAUUUUAAUGGUGACAAAUUCAAUCCAAUAAUUAGUCCUAUGUAUUAAAUAAAAAACUGAAUGUCAAAAA